AUGGACGAUAAUACUAGUGAUAUGGUAAAAUUGACAUCAGUUGAGAACACAGAUGAGAAGGAUACAGGUCGAUUGUCAGGGAAAAUGGCCAAAGAAUAUCACAAUCCAAGAACUACAUCUAUGGGACAUCUCUCGCGGAACGUCAAAUGGCCGCAACACUGUAGAAGGCUUGGACCAGAGUUCACGGCAUGCUCUCGACAUUUUCCUCACGAAGCAGUGUUUUGUGUACAAACAGGGCAAUUGUGUGACGGCACACAAGACUGCCCGUAUGCAGAUGACGAGGACCCCACCCUCUGCCUUUUUCACCGAUUGUCGAUGGAAGAAAUGAGCCGAAUCAGAUUAGCGUUUAGUCACAUCACAGAAAAAGGACUGCUUAGGAAACACUCUAUCGUAUGGACAGACAAGGACGGAAACACAAGAAAUCAGAAUGGAGAAUUUGUUGUAUAG